ACGAACGACACCGUACGGACGCAGCCAACGGCUGGACAUACUCGCCGCGUUCAGGCAAUCCGAAGUCGUAUUUGCGCUACUCUUUCUGCUGCUGCCGUAGUAGUGAACCGCUUCACAUGGACGUGGACAACGGUACGGUCCACUACCACAACGGAGUGGAUGGUCAUCGACGGUCAGCGAGAGCAGAGAGGAUUUGAGUAGUUUAGUUGACAUAGAUCCGUCGUCGCGAACAGCCGCAAGGGGCGAACCCUUGCCCGUCUUUGAUUGUAGAAUUAAGUAAUAAAUGUUUAGCUGUAGUGAAUAAAUGUUAUGUCGUUUUAAUGUAAUAAAUAGUGUUUUUGUGAACUUGGUGUUGUUACUGCAUGCGAGGAAGAAGAUCUACCGAUGACCAAGGACUGAGGAACGAAGGAUACGGGCCAGGAUAACGAAGGGAACACGGAUCUGUACGACUGGAUAGGAUCAAGAAAUUUGGAGGUACGUUUAGGCAAGGUCGUGUGGAGGUCGAAUCAUUACUGUGGUCGGAUGCUCUCCGACAUAAACUGGUCCUUCGAGCCGGAUUUCCACAACCGCCAGACCAAGGAUCGGUCGAAACUCGACACUUCGACCACUUCGCGCCAAGAACGUCCAGCAAAGGCCCUUCGUUGGACAAAGGACACCCGCCAUACUACACUGUCCUGAAUAGGUCAAGCGCCAUCCAAACGGGCUUCAAAGGAAGAAGUCGCCAUCUCAAGCCGUCUUCAAAGGAUCCUUCGGCCAUUCAAGAUCGUGUGAAAGGUUCCAACCGCCAUCGUCCACCAAUCCAAUAGGAUCCUCCAACCAACUCGACCACUGCCCAAAGGAUUCGCGCCAAGCUAUUCGCCAUCAACUCGAAUCAGCCACACCAAACGAAGUCUCGAGUGGGAAUCUGGAUUCGGCUAGCAGUAUUCGAUCGUCUGCAGGAUUGUAGAAUAACCGGAGCGUUGUUCUACUACCGGUCAGGUAUGUAAGAACACACUAGUUAGUAUAUGUUUAGCCGAAGCAUGAUCCACAUUCCCCACUAACGCCAACCAUUCGAUCUCUUGUGUGACUGUGGCUCGUCGUGAAUCAACCGGACUGUGAACGAGAUGUCGAUGUGCUGCGACUUGUGCAUGGAACGGUCGCUGUGAGGAUCAUCGUUCAACGAGUACCGCCGAUGGUGAAUUGGUUCGCGUAGAACUGAUUCGGGACGAUUUCAAUCUGUGCAUGCUGUAACGACGACUGAUUACGACACCGAAGUGACGAUUCACGGACAGACGACCAAUUGUGACAUCGAGAAGGACGAUAUCAAGGUUGCUUCCAGGCUCGGGCAUCGCGGAACGGCCAUUGCGGUCAGGUAAAUACACUUUAUAGUAUAUGCCCAGCCGAAGCUGGUUUUGUGAUUCUACACACCUGAAUAAAUUUCAACCCUUUCGAUGCCAAUUGGACUGUUGCGAGUCAACUCAUUUAUGGACGCAAUCCCUGAGGUUUUUCGUUGGUUUUCGGACUGAAGCUAAUUCGUUCAGCGCCAUCUUUAGUUCUCCAGGUGAGACUAAGUAUAUGUCCUGCCAAAGCAGGCAUUUUUGUAUAUCUACAUUGGUUGUUUCUUCUCCGCUGCACUGGAAUGGAAUUAAAUUGAGGCGAUUUCACACUGUACCACCCACGACAUUGGAAAUUUGUGACGAAUUUGGACAUUUGGAUGCAAUUUGGACUCGGCUACAAUUGCACGCUGUAGUUUCAUAGGUGAGGCGAACAGUAUAUGUCUAGCCGAAGUUUCAAAUUUGCAUACUACAUUAUUGGGUUUUCCACUCCUACGCAUUGCUGGCUUGAAUCGAAACCUGAGACAACUGACCGUACAUUGAGGUGAACCAAAUCGGAGUUUGCUGCUUUGGCUUCGGUAGCGCCGCUGUUUCUUCUCAUAGGAUACUGCCGGAUCACCGAGUUUCGUCUGAGCUCCGGUUGCGUAAGGCAAGCAACCAUGUCGAAACCCGUCACGAGGAGUGCGGAUUCCCUGAAGUCGUUGACUACAAAACUGAAGGGACUCAAAUUAUCUUUAAGUAAUAUUUGCGUAUUCGUUAAAAACUUCAAAGAUGAUACUACCGCUGCUCAAAUCAAUGUCCGCCUUGAGAAGUUGGAUACGCUAUGGGUACAGAUUAGUGAAACUGUUUGGGAAAUCGAAGCGCACGAAGAUUUCGAGGAACAAGAAAGCCUUCAGACCAGCCAAGUGGAAAUGGAGAACCGCUACUACGAUGCGAAAUCGUUUCUAGUGGAGAAGGCUCAAGCGUUUCAGAGCGAUGCCAAUCAGCACCAAACGCUUCAUCCUGGAGACGCCACUCUACAUGGCAUGAUGGACCACGUUCGGCUGCCUCAAAUCAAGCUUCAAUGUUUUGAUGGCAAUAUCGACGAUUGGUUGAGUUUCAGGGAUCUUUACACUUCCCUGAUUCACGAAAAACCCGAUCUACCAGCAGUGGAGAAAUUUCACUAUCUGAAAGGUUGCCUGGCAGGUGAGGCAAGGGCACUGAUCGAUCCGCUAAAGAUCACGAGGGACAAUUAUCAGGUUGCUUGGCAAACGUUGCUAAAACGGUACAACAACAAUAAGCUUCUAAAAAAGAAGCAGGUACAAGCGCUCAUCAAAUUGCCGUCUCUCUGCAAGGAAUCAAUCACGGAUCUCCACAAAUUGGUUGAUGGAUUCGACCGCGUGAUUCAGACGCUCGACCAGAUUAUCCAGCCAGCGGAUUACAAGGAUCUGCUGCUGGUGGAACUUCUAAGUUCUCGUCUCGAUCCUACCACACGACGCGGGUGGGAAGAACAUUCGUCUACGAAGCAGCAGGACACUGUGAAGGAUCUGCUGGAAUUUCUACAGCGGAGAAUACAAAUUCUCGAAGCUCUACCAGCGAAGGUAGAAACGAAGGUCGACCAAUCCCUACUGCCAAAACGGAAACCAUUCUCAGCGAAGGUCAGCAACAACGCCGUACAGUCGAACAACGCUAAGUGUCCGUCGUGUUCGGAGAUUCAUGGACUCCACAUUUGUCCAGCCUUUCUGAAGAUGUCGUUGUCCAGUCGAGAGUCCCUACUGCGGGCUCAAUCACUCUGCCGCAACUGCCUCAAACGUGGUCAUCUUGCUCGAGAGUGUGCAUCGAAGUUCUCUUGUCGGUAUUGUAAGGCACGACACCACUCCUUGCUGUGCUUCAAGGCAGGAGACGCUAACGGUAGCCAAGGAUCAUCAGGAAAGUUGAAUCUGGGAGAUAGCGCUAAGCAGGACGGCACAGGUGCGAAUUCGAAGGCAGCGAAUGCCUCAGCGGUUGAAUCUACUUCUUCCAACGCGGCACAGUGCGUCUCAUCUCAGGUUCUCCUAGCUACAGCAGUCGUAGUGAUCGAAGACGACCAAGGUUCUCGCUAUCCAGCACGAGCGCUACUGGAUUCAGGGUCGGAAUGCAACUUUAUCACCGAGAAUCUUUACCAGACGAUGAAGGUAGCGGUUAAAAGGACGGAUAUUUCGAUUAUGGGCAUCGGACAAUCAAGCACUAAGGCAUCUCGCAAGAUCAAGGCGGUCGUCAAGUCUCGAAACUCGUCGUACGCUCGAUCGAUGGAAUUUCUCGUUCUACCGAAGGUCACAGCUUGCCUACCAACCUCUACAGUUCAGGCAAAUGGAUGGGAUAUACCAGUAGACAUCGAAUUAGCGGAUCCGGAGUUUUUCCGGUCAAGAAAGGUCGACUUGGUGUUAGGGAUCCAAGCUUUCUUCAGCUUCUUUCCAACCGGAAGGGAAAUCCAACUUGGAAAAGGUUUACCUGUGCUGACAGAGUCCGUAUUUGGGUGGAUAGUGACAGGCGAAGUCACUACAGCAAGUCAGGGUACCAAGUACACUUGCAAUAUGGCAGUGUCGGACGAUCUAGAGGAACUAAUGGCACGGUUUUGGUCCUGCGAAGAAGUGGGAGCCGUCAGCAAAUUCUCUCCAGAAGAAGCGCACUGUGAGGAGAAUUACGAACGAACAGUCAAGCGGGAAUCGGACGGACGGUACACGGUCACCCUCCCCAAGAACCCCGAAGUUUUGGCGGAAAUCGGUGAAUCGAAGGACAUUGCUCUGAGACGGCUGCGAGCGGUAGAACGAAGGUUGUCCAAGGAUGAGCGGCUUCGGAAGCAGUACAGCGACUUCAUGACUGAAUAUCUGGAGCUCGGUCACAUGCAAAUGGCGAAUGACUGCGAGGAGAAUAGAGUCAAGCGUUGUUUUCUACCCCACCACCCGGUGAUCAAGGAGUCUAGCACCACGACCAAGGUGAGAGUGGUCUUCGACGCUUCGUGUAAAACGUCUACGGGUGUAUCACUCAAUGAUGCACUGUAUGCUGGACCAGUCGUUCAGCAAGAUCUCAGGUCGAUCGUUCUCCGCAGUCGGAUUCGUCAGGUGAUGGUUGUAGCUGAUGUGGAAAAAAUGUUUCGGCAGAUCUGGACGAAUUCGGAAGACACUCAUCUACAAUGCGUUUUGUGGACGUCACCAGAUGGGAAGGUUUCCACUUACGAACUUCUAACUGUGGCGUACGGCACCAAAUCUGCCCCAUAUCUCGCUACUCGGACCUUGAAACAGCUGGCGUCCGAUGAGCGGGACAGGUUUCCUCUAGCAGCACCAACCAUCGAAGAGGACGUGUAUAUGGACGACGUUAUCUCUGGAGCAGACGACGUCGAAUCGGCGAUCGAAUUGAGAAGGCAAGUCGACGCAAUGAUGAUCAGCGGUGGAUUCAAACUGCGAAAGUGGGCUUCCAACCGCCCGGAAGUACUACAAGGCAUUCCAAGGGAAAAUCUGGCGUUACCUGAUUCGGACGGCAUUGAUUGGGACCAGGAUGCAGAGGUGAAAGCAUUGGGCUUAACAUGGCUUCCCAACGUAGAUCAAUUCCGUUUCAAGUUCGAAAUUUCUCCAAUCACCGAGCAUCAGAUCCUCACGAAACGACAGGUGCUGUGUUUUAUAGCGAGACUUUUCGACCCACUAGGCCUGCUUGGAGCGACCAUCACUUCUGCGAAGAUCUUCAUGCAGCGGCUCUGGUGUCUGAAGAACGAAGAAGGUCAGAAUCUUCAAUGGGAUGACCCACUACCCGAAAUGGUGGGUGAGGAAUGGCGAACAUUCCACGAGCAACUUCCUUCACUGAACGAAAUUCGGAUUCCACGAUGCGUCAUAGGUCCUGGCUCACUAUCCGUAGAAUACCACUGUUUCUCGGACGCCUCAACAGUCGCUUACGGCGCGACAAUCUACGUUCGGAGCCAGAGAGACGAUGGCGCAGUUUCGGUUCACCUUUUGACCUCGAAAUCAAAGGUGGCACCGCUCAAGGUGCAGUCUCUACCUCGAUUGGAACUCUGCGGCGCACUUUUGGCAGCACAGCUUUGGGAAAAGGUAGCAGACUCGCUGAAAACAGAUGGCCGAGUUCAAUUUUGGACGGAUUCGACAUGCGUACUCCAUUGGAUAAGGUCACCACCAGGAACAUGGACAACUUUCGUCGCGAACAGAGUUGCGAAAAUUCAAGGUUUGACGGAAGCAGAUCAAUGGAGACACGUUCCUGGAGUUACAAACCCGGCUGAUCUGAUCUCGCGUGGAAUCUCGCCGAACAACAUCCUUGGGAACGAUAUGUGGUGGCAUGGACCUACCUGGCUGCUGCAAAACCCGGAAAGUUGGCCCAAAACCGUGAAAAACACCCCAGAAGAAGAGUUGGAGAAACGACGCAAUGUGGUGGCUUGUACUUCGUCGAAGGAAUCUGGGUUCAUUUCGGAUUUUUUAGCCAAAUUUUCAUCGUUUACGAGAUUGAUUCGGAUGACCGCAUACUGGUUGCGCUUCCUGAACAACCUACGGUGCUCAGCAGAUGAGAAACGGACAGGAUAUUUAACUAGUAGAGAACUGCAAGCUGCGGAGCAAACGAUUCUCCAGAAGGUCCAGGAAGAGUCGUUCCCGGACGAAAUCAGCAAGUUGUUGGCUGGCACACCUGUGGCUCGGAAUUCUCCUCUGCGAUGGUACAAUCCACAAAUGGACGAAAACGGCAUCCUACGAGUCGGGGGUCGAUUAGCUCAUUCCGAAGAGUCGCCGAGAACGAAGCAUCCGAUUGUUUUACCGGCAAGACACGCUCUCACUGAGUUGAUCCUCCAGCACCAUCAUCAAAUGUACCUCCACGCUGGGCCACAAUUGCUUCUAGGUACGGUUCGGCAACGGUAUUGGCCACUAGGUGGCAGAAACCUGGCGAGAAAGGUCGUCCACCAAUGUCAGCGAUGCUUUCGUGCAAAACCGUCCGCAAUGCAGCAACAAAUGGGUGAAUUACCGGCAGCAAGAGUCACCGUUUCGCGUCCUUUCUCGAAGGCUGGUGUCGAUUUCUUCGGGCCUGUGUAUCUGCGAGCUGGUCGUGUACGGACACCGACAAAGGCAUACGUCGCAAUCUUCGUGUGCAUGGCCACGAAGGCCGUGCAUAUGGAACUAGUCUCAGACCUUUCUACGGAGCGGUUUCUACAGGCGUUGAGACGUUUCUUUGCGCGCCGGGGGCGCUGCACCGAUAUUUACUCGGAUAACGGGACGAAUUUUGUGGGAGCAAGAAAUCAAAUCCGAGAGCUGUUUGAUUUGCUGAAAGAGAAGACACAUCGUGAAACUGUCGCAAAGGAAUGUGCAAACGAAGGCAUAUACUGGCACUUCAACCCUCCAAGUGCCCCACAUUUCGGGGGUUUGUGGGAGGCAGCAGUUCGAUCAGCGAAGUUCCAUCUACUACGAGUGGUCGGUAGCAAUCCUGUGCAUCAAGAGGAUUUCGUCACCUUGCUGACACAAGUGGAGGCCUGUAUGAAUUCUAGGCCAAUGACGUCACUCUCAGAUGAUCCUCUAGACUUGGAGCCGUUGACGCCGGCACACUUUCUGGUUGGAGGAUCUCUGUUAUCCAUGCCUGAUCCUGAUCUCAGCGACGUCCAGCUUAAUCGUUUGACACGAUUCCAACUUGUACAGCGGCAGCUUCAGGAUUUCUGGAGACGCUGGCGACGCGAAUAUUUGUCCCAGCUUCAGGCCCGAUCAAAACAUUGGCAACCAGCAGUUGAUGUUCAAGUUGGAAGAUUGGUUGUGGUAGUUGAGUCGAAUCAGCCACCUACACAGUGGAAGAUGGGUCGGAUUCAGGAGUUGCACCCGGGCGAAGAUGGAGUCACUCGAGUGGUUACAGUGCGAACAUCUACUGGCAGUUUAAAACGACCGUUGGUCAAGCUCUGUUUGUUACCAAUGCAGGAUCAGGAUAAAUAA